UGAAACGCUGAAAGCUGAAAAGUUUGUUCGCGCUCUCGUGAACGUUGCGAUUUACGUGAGUGAGUGUGUACUUCAAGCCAGUGUCAAAAUUGUUGGUAAACCUGUCACUUCAAGAUGGGAUGGUACGCAGAAGUAACAUUUUUAUUACUUGUGCGAUACACAGCAUCAGCUACAGAACUCCUCCAUAGCAACUUACCUCAAAGCCUCAACGAUGAAGAUGUCGAUCCGAAUUUAGUAAAUAUAGGUGAGGAUGACCUAUCGUUCGUAAACCAGUAUGAAGAUGCCAAAUUAGAACACUUAGGAAAAAUGUUAGCCAACGUUCUGAUCCAGCCUUGGCCUAGAGGUUUAAGCCCUCUCGUUUAUGUAGAAAAUGCACCUCCGGAAUACUUCCAAGGCGACGAGACAGUUGAAAGUGAUCCUGUCGAUGUCGAAGAGAACGCUAAUAUUCCGUUCAAGAGGUCAAGAUAUUACAGAAAAUACCCUUGGAAACGACAAAAUUCUAGAUACGACGCCGAAAAUCGCUAUUUAUGUCAGCCAAGCAAGGAAGAUGUAUUUCGUCUUCUUGUGGCAUUACAUGAAGCUCGUCAAGGGAACCGGGGUCAAAUGAUCAGUUUUUGCAACCGAAGAAGACCCGCGUCUGCGAUCUUCACCAACAUUCGAUUCCUUGGGUAAAUCUGUCGACUGCAACGGAACAUGUGACUGCAAACGAAAUAUUAGUAGUAAAAAAUUGUUGGCAAACGCUUUGGUCGUAUUAAUCGUUAGCCGUCAUUUUUCCCUUUGAAACAGUUUAAUUCUGUCCAUUGUCAACCAGUUUUGUUUGUUCCAAACAAGACGUUGACAAAACAUCCAAUUUCGAUACUCCUCAAACGUCGAAUUUUUCUGCGAAAUUUUAAUUGUUGAAACCUAAACAUAUCUGUUCAAGUAUCAUCCAAAUGAUUGUUCUUAAUAUUUUUAAAGCAAUGACUUGUUUAUGCAAUAUUUCACAAGUUGCCUUUAGGAGAAAAAUUAAGGCCAUAAGCAAGUACUUUUUGUUUCGAUUUAGUUGUGGGGAGUUAUCGUCAAAAAUUUGUUCAACUGUAAAUAAGAAUUAAGCUGAAUCGUACUUAUUCUAGUCAAGUUAGACUUCAAUUCUUUAUUGAAUUUAUUUUGUAGUCAUACUUUAAGACUGUUAGUGUGUUAGAACAUUGUUGUCCUUUUCUUUGAAUGAAUGUGACUACAUGAAUCAGUUAAUCCUAAUGUGCGUAACGAUAUAAAAAUUAUAAAUAAACCAAUCAUGUUUA